AUGAAGCACUGCAAACAGUACACAGAUCUUCUUGCACCGAAAAGACCACAUCCGCUAACUGAUAAUAAAAUAUCGGAUGAUAAAUACGAGUACAUAUUGAAUGUACCCGAGAAUGGAUUCUUGGACAAACUUAAUGCUAGAGUUGAAAACAACAAUGAGCUUGUAAUCGAAGGAAAAAGAAGAUUCGAACGUUUAUGGGAGAAUUUAUGGUUGACUAAUCCGCAGUAUUUGAAGAAGGAUGAGAGGAAGAACAGAGAAUUUAGUCGGACAUUUCGUUUGUCGAAUAAUGCAAAUCCUAGGAAGGUUAAAGCUGAAAAGAAGCACGGCAUGCUUACUGUUACUAUAGAAAAGUAUAUUGAUGCGAAUCCUGAAAAACCAAAGGUCAUUGCAAAGGUUUAA